AUGGGGAAGACGCCACAGUGUACCCCGGUGCCCGUGUGCAGGCCGUCCAGCCUCGAGCCCACGUUUCCGUGGGCAUGUGCUUACAGCAUGAUCUAUGAGAGGCACGACUCGGGCGUAGCAGGGCGGGCCGUGGGGCGGCUGCCGCAGCUUCUGCUGCUGCUGAGCGACAAGGACUCCGCGCGCGUGGGCGCCGCCCGCGGCCGUGGCCGCGGCCGCGCCCCGUGGUCGUCGGGGGCCGCGCCCGCUCCCGAGCAGCCCGAGCGGCCCGCGCCGUGCCGGGGGCACGGCGCACAGGGGGGCCCCCUCGCGGCCGCGGCCGGGGCGGCUGCUUCCGAGAGGGGGUACCCGGGCGGGGCUAUUUGGGCCACCGCGGCGGUUGCUCAGCCUGAGGCGAAGCCCCUGGUGGGCUCGACCUCCACGUGCGCGCUCGCUUUGGCGCUUCUGCUGCACGACUGCGAGCUCUCCGGCUGGGGCGCGCCCCGCGCGCCCGCUCGGCCCGCGCCGCCGCCGCCGCGGCCGCCGGUCGCCGUUGCCGCCGCCGCCGUCCCCGUCUGGGGCGUCGCGUUUCGCUCGCUCGAACACGGCCGUUUUGCGCCGAGCUGGUCCAGCCAGCUCGAGUCACCUCGCACCAGUCGCGGUGCCGGGCCUGUGCUGACAGGCCUGGCGGGGGCCGCGCCCGCCACCCCUGCGGCGGAAGGCUCUGGCACGGGCAGCUACGGGGUGUUGCUGGAAGUGUCCCCGACCCAGGGCCCCUGGUCGGCCUGCAGCCUGGAGUGCUUCGGCGUCCGCGAGCGCAACCGCUACAUCUCGGUGUUCGCCUCGGGCGCGGGGAAGCCGUGCGCCGGGGACGCGCUCAAGGUCGUCGAGCCCUGCAACCCCGCGGUGGACGACGAGGGGCCCCCGGAGGGCUGCGCGGGCGAGUCCCCGCAGGACGACCUCAUGGUCACCGCUGCGUGCAACACGCAGCCGUGCGACCAGCCGGAGUGCCAGGCCGGCGGCGCCAGCGGGCCGGGCGAGGCGUUCGGCCCGCAUUCGCACGCGCAGCGCGGGGGCCUCGGCACGAGGUCGGUCGGCGAGCAGGACUGCGAGUGGGCGCUGUGGUCGGACUGGACGCGACCCCUGGACUUGGGCUUCGGGGCGACCUCUGCCAUGGUCAUGGUCUCCAUGCAGGCGGAGAGCUCCAAGGAGACGCAAAACUGCACCAGCAGCUGCGAGAGCGUGGGCUACUGCGUCUGGACGGCGUGGUCGGACGCGAGCACCUGCGGCGAAGGCUGCGGCUCCGCGACCACCAUGCGCAACCGCGCCAUGACGCUCAAGAAGAACGAGCCGGAGGAUGGCGAGUUCAUCUUCAAGGUGCUCGACCCCGACAGCGCCAGAUGCCUGGGCACGCAGCUCAACAUCAGCGUCUGCCCCAGCACCCGCAGCUGCGGCGCCCCGUGCGAGCCGGUCCACUGCGAGUUCGGCGACUGGAGCUCGUGGUCGGAGCCCGCCUGCACCGGGCUCUGCGAGCGGCACCGCGUGGUGGCCCGUGCGAACAACGAGUGCGGCAACACGUGCGAUGGCCCGCUGCUAGAGUCGAAGCGCUGCCACAGUGACUGCAACGAGCGCAAGGACUGCUCGCUCGGGGCCUGGGGCGAGUGGACGGAGUGCAACGAGGUGGCCGGGCAGAAGUACCGCACGCGCGAGGUGACGCAGCAGCCGCAGAAUGGUGGGAAGGCUUGCUUGGGCGCCGUGCACGAGACCGCUGGCUGCAACCAGGCGAACCCGAGGGACUGCGAGCUCACCAGCUGGCAGGAGUGGGGCUCGUGCAGCCGCAGCUGCGGCGCGGGCUGGCGCGAGCGCUCCCGCGGCGUGCUGCACCCCGCCGAGAACGGGGGCGAGCAGUGCGGCGGGAGCCUGAAGGAGCUGGGCGUCUGCGAGUCCAACGCGACGGGCUGCGCGGGCGCGCAGAAGGUGGAUUGCCAGCUGGAGGACUGGACCUCCUGGUCCAGCUGCGGGCGCAGCGGUCAGCGCGAGCGCUUCCGCAAGGUCCUCCGCACGGCCGUCGGCGGCGGCGCGUUCUGCGAGGGGCCGCUGCACGAGACGGCGACCUGCGAGCAGCCCGCGGUCGAUUGCAGCAUCUCGGACUGGACCUCGUGGGAGCAGUGCGACCGCACCUGCGGCGGCGGGCAGACCCACAGGGUGCGGCAGAUCCACGAGUUCGCGCAGGGCGGUGGCGUGCCGUGCCCUCCGGAGCUCAUCGAGACGAGGGGGUGCGGCGAGGAGCCGUGCUCGAAGCAGGACUGCGAGGUCAGCGACUGGACCGCGUGGGGCCAGUGCUCCACGUCGUGCGGCCCGGGCGUGCGGAUGCGCAACCGCACGAUCCUGCGCACGAGGUCCGAGGGCGGCGACGGCUGCAUGACGCACCUCGGCGAGGCGGAGGCGUGCCAGGAGUCCUCCGCUUGCGGCCCCGUGGACUGCAAGUGGGCCGACUGGUCCGACUGGGACGCCUGCUCCGACGACUGCGGCGGCGGCCAGCACUCGCGCGUGCGCCUCCUGUCCAGGCCGCCGCAGAACGGAGGACCCCCGCCUGCCGUGCAACGCCUCGGACAAGGAGCAGGUCGGGCCCUGCAACACGCAGUCCUGCUCCGCGGAAUGCGUGGACGGCAAGUUCGGCGACUGGGAGGCGUGGGGCUCGUGCACCGCCACAUGCGACGGAGGCACGGCCGCGCGGCACCGCAGGGUGGCCCGCACGGCGAACGAGUGCGGCCGGGUGGCGGAGGGCAAGGCCUCCGAGGUGAAGUUCUGCAACGUGGGCGUCGCGUGCGAGCAGUCCGAGGACUGCGAGUUCAGCUCCUGGGGGGGCUGGUCGGCCUGCUCCGCGGACUGCAACGGCGUCAUGCACCGGGCCAGGCGUGUCAAGAAGCACGGCCGCGGCAACGGGGCCUGGUGCGUGGGCGCGCUGAAGGAGAUCUGGCCCUGCCACCCAGGCCCGAACGAGACGGCGCCCGAGCACUGCGUUGUAGGCUCGUCGGUGGACUGCGAGCUGGGCCUGUGGGGGUCCUGGGGCGAGUGCAGCGCCACCUGCGGGGGGGGCCAGAAGUCCAGAACCCGCGAGGUUGCAGUCCAGCCGCGCAGCGGCGGGAAGGGCUGCAACGGCUCCCUGGCCGAGGUGGGGCAGUGCGCCAACGUGAGCUGCGGCGGGCCUCCCGUCCAGGACUCGGACUGCCAGCACGCGGACUGGAGCGACUGGGGCGCCUGCGCUUCGUGCAGCGGGCAGAGGAUCCGGUACCGCAAGAUCAGCCAGUACCCCCAGAACGGCGGGCUUCCCUGCGAGCAGACGGACCUCGAGGAUCCGAGGUCGGCCAGUGCCCAGUUGACUGCCACGGGAACGUCACCUACUGCACCUUCAUGAAGUGGGAGGACUGGGGCACCUGCUCCCAGACCUGCGGCGCGGGUGGCAAGCGCUACAGGCGCCGGUACCUCCACCUCUCCGCCAGCAAGGGGGAGAUGCCCGCCCCGGCGGACAGCUUCCAGGAGAAGUACCAGAGCCUCUACGUGCGCACGCGGGCGCUCGAGGACGACCACCUCCGUGAGCUGGUGGCCGCCUUCAUCGGCGGCUGCUGCAGCCUCACGGCCAUGCUCGUCGGGGUGCGCGUGCUCCUUCCCAGGGCCGCCCACGCCGAGGACGAUGCGCUGCCGGAGACUUCGUCCAGGAGCUUGCCCAGGGGGCCCCAGGACAGAGGCCGGCGUGCCCACCGGGCGGCCGCUGCUGUACCACCGCCUGCAGGCCGACAGCGACACCGCGCUGCCGCUGGUCGGGAACGGCUCGCCGCAGCACGGGGAGGCACGCGCUCCCUUCGAGCUGGACUGAGGCUCUGCCCCGGGCGACUCCCUGCGUGGUUCCAGCCAGACAGGCCGGUGGCUAAGCACUUGGCCCGACCUAACACUGGGCUAGGUGUGGCAGAGUGUGUGCGAGGGGCGCUCGUCUGGCUGUUUUGA